UGGCGCCGACCUCGACCGGUUCGAUUUGUGAAGCUAGCAUGUAAUUAUGUUUUGUCAACAUGUGAGUAAAUUACGGCAGCGUUUUGCUGCCAGGUAGAUUUGACAGUGAUGACUGUAGAACACCCCCCGACCGUUAAUAAGGUUAUUGUGAACACUGAUGAGUUAAAUCAGAUUGUAGAGGCUACUGGUGUAUCAUAUGAUCAAGCCAAUCAAGCUUAUAUUGCCAGUGGCAAUGACCUUCAAAGAGCCAUAACAAUGUUGACAAACCCUCCGGACCAUAAUGCUUCACUAAAGGGUGUUGCAAACCAAACAGGGACAGGAACACAGACCUUUAUAGGACCACAAAAUGCUCCAGGCAAACCACAAACUGAUGUAAUUGACCUAACUAAGGAGACAGAAGACUUGGAAUAUGCAAUUGCUCUCAGUUUACGAGACGCACAGGGUAUAUCUGUAGAAGAACAAGAUAUAAGCAGGGUUUUAGAAGCCAGUUUAGCAGAAAAUAAGUCUGGUCUAAAGCGGAAGAGAGGUGACCCUUGGGUGAGGUUUGUGGAUCCUGUGAAUCCCUAUGAGCGUCAGCGCUUAGAUGGAUGCCCUGUGGGCCUGAAGAAUGUAGGGAACACGUGCUGGUUUAGUGCUGUCAUACAGGUUUGUACAGCCACUAAAACAUGUUGACAACUUGGAGUAUCAUCAUGGUGGUGCAUUUUUUCUUUCUGACAAAUUUCCUUCUGAAGGAGGAGUUUAGUAUACAGUGUACUCCAGAACUCAUGCGAUUUCUUUUUUAGCUCUAAAGUAAAAUAUGGAAUGCACUCUUCUUGUGACAAUUGAGAUUUAAAAGACUUCAAUAAGGUCUUACUAGUUGUCUUCCAAUAUAAAAAAAAUUAGACUUCAGAUGCUACAGAAGACUAAGAGAAGUGAGAAGUCCCUCCUUCUUGAGGAAAUCCCAUAAAUUAAAAAUAUAUCUGCUGGUAACAAGCUCAGUUUUCAGUUUAUCUCUCAUUCAAAGUGCCAACAUCAGACAGGUUUUUGUACAAAAAAACUGCAAAAGUUGUUUAAUUUGAAAUUCUUGAAUUAAAUUUUCAAGUAAAAGAAAGAGUAGGUCUAUUGCAUUCCCAAUCACUACUCCAGUAAACAUAAUCAUAUUCCAUGACUGGUGUUAGUAAACAGGGAUGCUAAAGGAAUCUACAUGUGAGGCAGACAAAAAGAUUUGUACUAAUACAAACCUUUGAAUUGCUCUGCAUGGAACAGUGAAUCAUCUGUUACUCUAAGUAAAGAUGGGAGUUUGACCAGGGCUUAAUCUGUCAUCCAUUAAAUUAACCCUCUUUCUACUAAGAUAUCAUCAGUAAUUCUCU